CGGAAUCAAAUUUGGAUACAGUAAACGGUCCAUGUUUGAGAAAUCCCAACCGUUAAACCCCAGGCUAAAACCCUACUCUUUAACUCCAUCGGAAGCUGCCUUUCAAGUAUUUGAAUUGGUUAUUCAUUCAAUUUCUUUUUGCUAUAUAAAAUAAAAAUUCCGUCUCAGUCAUGCAUCGAAGAGCUUCAAAAUUAGCUUCAUUUAUCUGUUCUUCGACUUCAAAAAAACUGGUCUAUAGUAGGGUAAUUUGCAAUAGGAAUUAUGUGGCUAAGGUUAUCAAUUUUGGGGUUGGGGCACGUGCAGCUAUGCUGCAGGGUGUUUCCGAGGUUGCAGAAGCUGUAAAAGUCACGAUGGGACCAAAGGGUCGCAAUGUAAUUAUUGAGAAACGUCCAGGCUAUCCUAAAGUCACAAAGGAUGGUGUUACUGUUGCCAAAAGCAUCAAAUUCAAGAAUAAGGCUAAAAAUGUUGGUGCAGAUCUUGUAAAGCAGGUUGCAAAUGCCACAAAUAAAGUUGCUGGAGAUGGUACAACUUGUGCAACUGUCCUGACUCAGGCAAUUCUUUUGGAAGGCUGCAAGUCAGUGGCUGCUGGUGUAAAUGUGAUGGACUUGAGAAGCGGAAUUAAUAUGGCAGUUGAUGCUGUCAUAUCUGACUUGAAAAGCAGGGCAAUAAUGAUAAGCACACCAGAAGAAAUUACACAGGUUGCUACUAUUUCUGCAAAUGGUGAACGUGAAAUUGGAGAAUUGAUAGCAAGAGCAAUGGAGAAGGUUGGAAAGGAAGGGGUCAUUACUGUCACGGAAGGGAAUACUUUAGACAAUGAGUUAGAAGUGGUGGAAGGAAUGAAGCUAUCCAGAGGUUAUAUCUCUUCUUAUUUUAUUACUGAUCAGAAGACCCAAAAAUGUGAACUUGAGAAUCCCCUGAUUAUCAUUCAUGACAAGAAAAUAUCAGAUAUGAACUCUCUUGUGAGAAUAUUGGAGCUGGCUAUAAAUAAAAACAGACCACUUCUUGUUGUGGCUGAGGAUGUGGAGAGUGAUGCACUUGCUUUACUUAUUCUCAACAAGCAUCAUGCUGGUUUGAAGGUGUGUGCCAUCAAAGCUCCUGGUUUUGGGGAUAACCGACGAGCAAAUUUAGAUGAACUUGCCAUUCUUACUGGUGGAGAGGUUAUUAGUGACGAACGUGGCUUAACUCUUGACAAAAUCAAAGUUGAAAUGCUUGGUACUGCAAAAAGGGUCACUGUGUCACUUGAUGACACAAUCAUUCUACAUGGGGGAGGGGAUAAGAAGCUUAUUGAAGAAAGAUGUGAGCAGCUGCGGACGGCCAUGGAGAAGAGCACUGCCAUGUUUGACAGGGAGAAAGCACAGGAACGAUUAUCAAAACUGUCUGGGGGUGUAGCUGUAUUCAAGGUUGGUGGAGCUAGCGAGGCAGAAGUUGGAGAAAGGAAAGAUAGGGUCACAGAUGCUUUGAACGCCACCAGAGCAGCCGUGGAAGAGGGUAUUGUGCCAGGUGGUGGUGUUGCUCUUUUGUGUGGUAUAAAGGUUUUGCAGAACCUUCAAACUCAAAAUGAAGAUCAGAAAAGAGGCAUUCAGAUAAUUCAAGAUGCUCUUAAGGCACCUACAUUAACUAUAACUUCAAAUGCUGGUUAUGAUGGCUCUCUGGUUCUUGGAAGAUUACUGGAACAAGAUGACGAUAAUUUGGGUUUUGAUGCUUCAAAAGGUACAUAUGUUGACAUGGUGAAGGCUGGAAUCAUAGACCCUCUUAAAGUUGUUAGAACAGCCUUAGUUGAUGCUGCCAGCAUCUCAUUGCUAUUGACAACAACUGAGGCAUCCGUCUUGGAAAAUCCAGAUGAGAAAAAACCACCAAGCCGCAUGCCAGAUAUAGAUAAUGACUACUAGUUAAAGUGGCUCUGGAAGCACACUAAACCCCUGUAUGAUUACUCAACAAUUUGUCAUUGUAUUUAAAAUACCACAGAACUUAACUUGGGAGCCAUGGUUGAAAUUUGAUGAAUUCUUAAGAAAAAUACAUGAUGAUGGCAACCAGUUAUAAACAAAAGAUAAUGGGAUCAAGCUUUUCGAAGUCAUUGUAAAACCAGUGAUCUGGGAUUUUGUGGUGCAAAGAAAAUUAGUUGAGGACUCUCUUUUACUGCAA